AGCUGUUACAGCUACUUUAGCUUCUUUUGUUUUGGCCGUCACAAGUUUGGCCUUUUGGCUCCGUGUUUGUUUGGUUUUUGGAUGACAAACCGUCACAGCCGCUACAUGUUUGGCUUUAGAGGUUCUGCAUUUGAUUUAGCGUUGGGUGCUAACACUAGCAUCGCAGGGUUUUACAUGAUCUUUGCAGACUUUCACUGAGGCAUCAUGGGAAAUCAGCUGGCUGGGAUUGCCCCAUCCCAGAUCUUGUCUGUGGAUAGCUACUUUUCAGACAUCCAUGACCAUGAGUACGAUAAGAGCCUAGGCAGCACUCGCUUCUUCAAGGUGGCCCGGGCCAAACACAGGGAGGGCCUGGUGGUGGUCAAAGUCUUUGCCAUCCAGGACCCGUCACUGCCGCUGACCAGCUACAAACAGGAGCUGGAGGAGCUGAAGAUCAGGCUACACUCUUGCCAGAACUGCCUGCCCUUCCAGAAAGCCUCGCUGACAGAGAAAGCUGCCAUCCUCUUCCGCCAAUAUGUCCGUGACAACCUAUAUGACCGAAUCAGCACACGGCCAUUCCUCAACGGCGUGGAGAAGCGCUGGCUGUCCUUCCAGAUCCUCAGUGCUGUUGACCAGGCACACAAGGCUGGUGUCCGUCACGGGGACAUAAAGACAGAGAACGUGAUGGUGACCAGCUGGAACUGGGUGCUGCUCACUGACUUUGCGAGCUUCAAACCCACCUACCUGCCAGAGGACAAUCCCGCUGACUUCAACUACUUCUUUGACACUUCCAGGCGGAGGACAUGUUACAUUGCUCCUGAGAGGUUUGUAGACGGAAGCAUGUUUGCCACAGAGAGUGACCAGAAUACGCCACUGGUGGACCUGACCAACAACAACCAGAGGAGCCGAGGGGAACUGAAACAGGCUAUGGACAUUUUCUCUGCAGGUUGUGUGAUAGCUGAGCUGUUCACAGAGGGUGUCCCGCUCUUUCGAUGUCCCCAGCUGCUGGCGUAUCGUAAAGGGCACUUCCAGACAGAGCGUCUUAUGAAGAUCGAAGACCGAAGCAUUCGUGAGCUGGUGGCUCAGAUGGUGCAGCGGCAGCCUGAGAAGCGUCUGACGGCUGAGGAGUACUUGAAGCAGCAGAGAGGAAAAGCCUUCCCCGACAUCUUUUACACAUUCCUGCAGCCGUACAUGGCUCAGUUCGCCAAGGAGACCUUCCAGUCUGCAGACGAGCGUGUGCUCGUUAUCCGCAAAGACCUCGACAACAUUCUGCACAACCUGCGAGGAAGCUCCUCCUCUUCCUCCCAGGAGGGCAGCAGCCCCAGCGUGGGGCUCCCUCAGAGCUCCAGGGAGGAGCAGGGCCUCCUCGUCCUGGUGUCCGUCAUCACCUCCUGCUUGCAGACGCUGCACUUGUGUGACUCAAAGCUGGCAGCGCUGGAGCUCAUCCUCCACUUGGCGCCACGUCUGGCGGUCGACAUCCUGCUGGACCGCAACCCAUAUCUGCUGCACUUCUGCAACGAUCCUGUGCCGCGAGUGCGGGCUCAAGCCGUGCGCACUCUGGCCAAAGUGCUGGCGCUGGUGAAGGAGGUGCCAAGGAAUGAUGUCAACAUCUACCCAGAAUACAUCCUGCCUGGAAUCGCCCACCUUGCGCAGGAUGACGCCACCAUCGUCAGGCUGGCGUACGCAGAGAACAUCGCUCAUCUGGCAGAGAGUGCCCUGCGUUUCCUGGAGUUGGUUCAGGAAAACAAUGUGAGCAUGGAACAGGACGUGAGCAGUGAGGAUGCAGAGGAAACGCUGCACACCAAUGAAAACUACGACUCAGAGCUGCAGGCCCUGCAUGAGAUGGUGCAGCAGAAGGUGGUGACAUUGCUGAGCGACUCGGAGAACAUUGUCAAACAGUCGCUGAUGGAGAACGGCAUCACACGCCUCUGUGUCUUCUUUGGUCGGCAGAAAGCCAACGACGUUCUGCUGUCUCACAUGAUCACCUUCCUCAAUGACAAGAAUGACUGGCACCUGCGCGGUGCCUUCUUCGACAGCAUCGUGGGUGUUGCAGCCUACGUGGGCUGGCAGAGCUCAUCCAUCCUGAAGCCCCUCCUCCAGCAGGGUCUGAGUGACACAGAGGAGUUUGUCAUCUACAAAGCUCUCAACGCGCUCACCUGCAUGUGUCAGCUGGGCCUGCUGCAGAAGCCGCACAUCUACGAGUUUGUCAGUGACAUUGCUCCUUUCCUUUGCCAUCCCAAUCUGUGGAUCCGCUAUGGGGCGGUGGGCUUCAUCACCGUGGUUGCACAGCACCUCAGCGUGGCUGACAUCUACUGCAAACUGAUGCCCCACCUCAACCCUUUCAUUACUCAGCCCAUCAUCCAGAUUGACAAGGAGCUGGUGCUGCUGAGCGUGCUCAAGGAGCCGGUGAGUCGCUCCAUCUUUGACUACGCCCUGCGCUCCAAAGACAUUGCCAGCCUGUUUCGCCACCUGCUGCUUCGACAGAAGAAACGCAUGGGGUCCAUUCCAGAAUGCCCGACCCCCGAAGACCCGGCCAUCGCUCAGCUCCUGAAGAAGCUGCUGUCACAGGGGAUGACUGAGGCCGAGGAGGACAAGCUGCUGGCACUCAAAGACUUCAUGCUGAAGUCCAACAAGGCAAAAGCCAACAUGGGGGAGCAGAGUCACCUGGGGGAGGCCGUCCAGACCGGUGUGAUCGACCUGGCCCUGCUCGGAAUCACCGGCCGCCAGGUUGACCUGGUCAAACCCAAGGUGGAGAAUGAGGACAAGAGAGCGAGAAAACACACCAAGCAGGACUCCACCAUGAACGAGGAAUGGAAGAGCAUGUUUGGAUCCCAGGAGCCGCCGUCCGCUCAGAGCACUGCGGUCACUGAUGGACCAGUCAGUCAGAUCAGGAAGAGCAGCGCAACACCCGCCAUCUCUGUGCCACAGUCGGUCACCAGCGGCCCCGCCUACCAGCGACGUAUGAACACUUGCAAGGCGGAGCUUCAGCAGCUGGUGCAGCAGAAGAGGGAGCAGUGCAGCGCCGAGCGCAUGGCCAAGCAGAUGAUGGAGAGCGCUGAGUGGGAGAGCCGCCCUCCUCCGCCUGGGUGGCACCCAAAGGGGCUGCUGGUCGCUCACCUCCACGAACACAAAGCCGCUGUGAACCGGAUCCGCGUCUCAGACGAACACGCCAUUUUUGCAACAGCGUCAAAUGACGGCAGCAUCAAAGUCUGGGACAGUCAGAAGAUGGAGGGAAAGACCACGACCACCAGGUCAGUGCUGACGUACGCUCGUAUCGGUGGCCAUGUGAAGACGUUGACCUUCUGUCAGGGGUCACAUUACUUGGCGGCGGCAUCAGACAACGGAUCCAUCCAGCUCCUCGCUGUGGAAGCGAGCAAACCGCCAAAAUCCCCCAGAGUUCACCCUUUCCAGUCCAGGUCUCUGAACCUUCAGGAGGACGGCUGUGUAGUUGACAUCCACCAUUUUAACUCCGGCGCCCAGUCGGUGCUGGCUUACGCCACCGUGAACGGUUCCCUGGUCGGUUGGGACGUUCGCUCCAGCUCCAACGCCUGGAUGCUUCGCCACGACCUCCGGCUCGGACUCAUCACCUCGUUCAGUGUGGACAUGCACCAGUGCUGGCUCUGUCUGGGGACGAGCAGCGGCACCAUGGCCUGCUGGGAUAUGCGGUUCCAGCUUCCCAUCUCAAACCACUCCCAUCCCGCCCGGGCACGGAUCAGACGGCUCCUCAUGCACCCGGUCUACCAGUCCUCCGUCAUCGCUGCUGUCCAGGGGAAUAACGAAGUGUCGAUGUGGGACAUGGAGACCGGAGAUCGUAAGUUCACCUUGUGGGCGAGUUCAACGCCGCCGCUCUCUGAGAUGCAGCCAUCUCCUCACAGCGUGCACGGAAUCUACUGCAGCCCUGCUGAUGGAAACCCGCUGCUGCUGACCGCCGGCUCUGACAUGAGGAUCAGGUUUUGGGACCUGGCGUAUCCAGAGAGGUCGUACAUCGUUGCAGGAGGAGCCAACGACUCGCUGCACUGCCCGUCGGUCCUCUACAGCAACAAGAUCAUCGAAGGCACUGAAGUGGUUCAGGAGAUCCACAGCAAACAGAAGAGCGGCGUGGCUGAGGACUCGCCUCGCCGCGGCCCGGAGUGCCUCCCUGUGGGACACCAUGACAUCAUCACUGACAUCGCCACCUUCCAGACGACGCAGGGCUUCAUCAUCACCUCCUCCAGAGACGGGAUCGUCAAAGUGUGGAAGUGAGGAGGCAGAGGGCGCUCUUCCUGCCCCUCACGUUUACGUACGUUUUGUUGGACUGUCACGAACACAUCACGUCCUUCCGCCGUCUGCUGACAAGUUGCAACUCGUCACAUUUGUCCAAAAUUAACCUCCAGUGCCACAAAACGACAGUUUGCUCGUAUUGUCUGAGAACUUGAUUUUCUUUUCUUUUUUUACAUCGUUACUCAGAUUGUCGGCUGCAACAAUUCUGCUUUCAGGUGACGCUUCACUGUUGCCACCAGAGGAGGUGCUGCAGUCUGAGCACAUGAUGCAUCUGCAGGGGAACCUGAACCGUACAGCGGUUAAACCUGUGGCCUGGGGGCCAAAUAGGCCUGUGAGUCUGCAGUUUACAGUCCAGCUUAAGUUCACUCUGUAUGAUUUUAUUUCUGUAAAUACUGAAGCAGAAACCUCAGAGUUUCCUGUUUUACAGAUGACUUUCUGUCCUGCAAAUGUAUCUUCAAGGAUUUAUUUUUUCUUUGUAGACUUCCAAAAAGUCCAGUUGAUGUAUAUAACUCAUUUAAAGCUUUCAAAGCUCCGCAGCAAACAGAAUAAAGACAGUGAGCAGGAUUUUCUGUAAUUAUUUAUUUUUUGAAGCACCAUUGGACCCAGAUCGAUCCACACGAGUCCGUUUAAGUUCUGUUCAUCUGAAACAUUAGCACACAAACAAAC